AUUAAACUCUUUUCAAUCGAAAGUGAUGUCACAGAAAUGGAUUCAUGAGUAUAUAGUGAACGUGGAUUACAAUCCUUUGUCAGUAUAUGAUUUAUUGGAUCCGAGCAACUGGGUACAUCACACUCCCUUGAUAUCGGAAAAAGGAGUGACUAAAGCGUGGACCAAUAUUAUAGAGUCCGGUGAAGACUUACAACAAAAUUCGGAGAGAAUUGAAUACGGUUGUAAGGUUAGGAUGAACAUAAAAACCGGUAAAGGAGAUGGUGAUCAUCUAGACAUAUUUGGAAACCUGUCUAACGACGCUUAUAUGGGUGAGAUGCCACCAUGGAAAUUCGAAUUGACUAAUCGGUUUGACCACACGAACACUUAUGCGACCAUCAGGUCUAAUCUUUGGCCAGGAGCACACGCAGUUGCGCGUGAAAACGUUUCGGAUUACACGUAUCACGGUUGGGGCAUCAAAUGGGAUGCUUUUAGUUUCACGGUCCAGUCAUUGAGUGGAUAUCAGCCAUCCGAUCCCUAUCAGGACGAAAUCGGCAUGGCCAAAGAAAUCAGAGAUCCAACACGUGAGGACGAACUGACAUACUUCUCAAUAGUUAACAAGAGGAAGGAAAAUCGGACUAGUAAGAAGAUCAACGCCCUGCGACUGUUUUCUGCAUCAGACGAGGAUGAAGAAAGAAUCAUUAAUCAACACGACUACGAUUGAUGCUGGUAAUAAGUGCCGUUGAUCGUUGUUAUAUUUUAUAAAUUGUUAUUAAUAUAGUGAUUAUCCACGUACAACGUUAUACAAUAUACCUACUUCUUAUGGUAAGUAUACUCACCUAAAGCAUCUACCAUGUAUAACUGUGCUAUAUAAUUUUUUUGUUUGAUAAUUAUAAUCCUAUUUGGCUUAAUACAGCUUUAUAGUAAUGAAAUUGAUCUUGUUUGAUUUAUUACGUAGAAUAUUUCAUAUCCAAUAAAAGAAGGUUAGCUACAUAUUUUAAAUUAAACAUUAAAUAAUAACAUAAUAACAUAUCUAA